AUGACGUCGAUAGGCACAGGUUAUGACCUGAGCAACUCUAUCUUCUCCCCCGACGGCCGCAACUUCCAAGUCGAGUACGCCGUCAAGGCCGUUGAGAACGGUGGCACAUCCAUCGGUAUCCGGUGCAAGGGUGGUGUCGUCCUCGCUGUCGAAAAGAUUAUUGCAUCCAAGUUAUGGAAGCCCAAUGCCAACAAGCGUAUUGCUACCAUUGACAGACAUCUCGGUGUUGUCUACUCAGGCAUGAUCCCCGAUGGCCGCCACUUCGUCGACCGCGCCCGCGAAGAAGCCCGCGGCUGGCGCGAGACCUUCAAGACCCCCAUCUCCACCGCCGACCUCGCAGCCCGCAUGGGCGGCUACCUCCAAGCCUACACCCUCUACUCCUCAGUCCGUCCCUUCGGCAUUACCGCAAUUGUCGGUGGUUUCGACCCUUCUACCGAGACCCCUGUCGACGGCGAAGUCGGCUCUGGCCCCAAGGUCGGUGCCGGCGGCAAGGACACCACCAAGAAGCACGGCGGUCCCUUCCUCUACAUGAUCGAGCCUUCAGGUCUCUACUGGGGCUACUACGGUGCUGCUACUGGCAAGGGCCGUCAAGCCGCCAAGGCAGAGCUCGAGAAGCUCGACCUCGCCGAAGGCGGACUGACGUUGGAGGACGCCGUUAAGGAGGCUGCUCGCAUCAUCUACGUCGCCCACGACGACAACAAGGACAAGGAGUUUGAGCUCGAGAUGAGCUGGAUCAGUGAUAUCGACGGCCCUACCAAGGGUCGUCACGAGGAGGUGCCCAAGGAGCUGCGCGAGGAGGCGGAGAAGUUUGCCAAGAAGGCACUUGAGGGCGAUGAUGACGAUGAUGAGGACAAGAAGGAGGACGACAAGAUGGAGGAGUAG